UUGUUGUUAAGGCCUUAACCAUACAGUGCUGGGGGAAUCACUGCUUGAUGUUGUUACGGUUAGGGUCAUAUUGUGUAGAGCUGUGGUUAGUUAUAAGGUUCAUGUAUUCUUAGGAUUCGAGUUAUAUUUAUGUCUGAGGGUUAUGAUAAGAUAGGGUUUGGGUUCAUGGGUGUUGUGGUUGUUGUUAUGGUUAGGGCUGUGGCUUAGGUUGUGGUGUUAUAGAGUUAGGGUUAGGGUUAUAGUUAGGGGUAACGGUUAUGGGUAUGUUGUUAGGCCAAAACCAAAUAACUAUAACUCUUACUGCUAAACUUUUGGGUUAGUGUGUGUGGGUGUGUAUGUGGUUGUGUGUGUUUGUGUGUGUGUGUGUGUGUGUGUGUGUGUGUGUGUGUGUGUGUGUGUGUGUGUGUGUGUCUCCCUGUGUGUGUGUGUGUGUGUGUGUGUGUGUGUGUGUGUGUGUGUGUAUGUGUGUGUCUCUAUGUGUGUCUGUGUGUUUCUGUAUGUGCGUGUAAAUUGUAUUAUUAUAUUUACAUGUAUAUGUAGUGCAAACACAAGUUUGAGUGUUUUUUUAUGUUUUCUUUUAUUGGUAGUUAUUAUCAUUAGUUGUCUCAAGUGCAUAGUAGAUGUUUUGAUAUAUUUCAAAAAUGUCCGCUGUAGUACAAUCUGCUAUAACAAAGAAAUACACAACUCAGUUAAUAAGAUGUCUUUAGAUAAUUCAUAAGAAGUAGAAGAAAACUUAGAAGAAAUUAAAUGAAAUUCCCAAAAUGUUCCUUUUGAACCUAUUAGAUUCCUUUCUUACAAGUAUUCUCACUUUAUGGCCAUAUGUGUGGAUAAGUGUAAAUCAAUCACGAGCAAUCACUAUCUCGAUAUACAAUUCAGAAAAGGGAUUUAAAGUUGUGUAGUUGGCAUAUAGGCUAGUCCUAUGUUUUCACUUUUAUAAUAAUAUCACACAAAAUUUGAUUAAAAAGAUUAGUGAAUACAUAUAUAUACUAUACUAAAUUGAAUCAAUUUAUUGAUUUUAUUUUAAAAUUGAUGUUAUGGUUACGGAUUUAAACUAAGGCAUAACUUCUCAGUUAUACCUCCUAAUCUACGACUAGGACCUUCCUAAGAUGAUAAGGACCUUGUCAUGGACAGGACUCAACACACUGUUCUCUCCUGGGAAACGAAAGCUAGAGCUCUGAUUGACUGGCUUGGAUCAAAAAGUUCACUAAGAAGUCAUGAGUCAACAAAUUGAACUACCAACCCGAUAGGAUUUCACUUCCCAAUUCUCAAUCACAUGGAUAUUCUGACAGAGGCACAUUUUUCGCCAACUUGCAGACGUGAGCUUUUGGUACGUCACAGGAUGGGGUUAUAGCUUAGUGCAGAUGGGCUGGUGGUCAUUCAGAGUUGGAGAGUUCAUAGAGGACCUGCGGCCACAGUCACCUUCCUCUUUACACCAUGCCGAAGAGGAGCGAUAUACUUCACUUUGAGAGUGACGAUGAGCUGGUGGCGAAGCCCAAAGCGCAGCCGUGUUUGAAGGUCAUCAUAGUGGUUCAGGUGCUACUGAGCGUGUUCACCACUCUCCUGGCCGUCAAAGUGUUCACAAUGAAGGCCCCGGCCCCCUUCUCCUCCUCUCUCUUGCCUCAGGUUAACACCAGACCUCUCUGCCUUGAGCACAAUCUGACCAGUAUGAACUUGCUUCCAGGCCCCCCCGGUCCUAUGGGCCCAGUGGGACCACCAGGUGCACAGGGUACUCCCGGAGAAUCUGUUAUGGGAAGAAGUGGAAGUCCAGGACUACCAGGACAGAAAGGCGAGGAGGGAAUGUUGGGCCAGCGCGGCCCAGUGGGAGAUCCUGGACGUCCUGGAUAUCCAGGAGUCCCAGGAGUAAAGGGUUCCCAGGGUGAGAAGGGAGAUCCCGGAGAGAGGGUGAUGGGCCCUCCAGGCCCCUCAGGGCCCAGGGGGGAAGUGGGACCUCACGGGAUUCCUGGGGAGCGAGGGUCCAACGGCACCUCAGGUCCAGAAGGAAGAAAUGGAUCGGGUGGAAUAGCUGGCCCCCCCGGUCCAGUUGGCCCACAAGGCCCCCCAGGUGUACAAGGUGUUCCAGGAGCUUCUGUCAAGGGAGAUUCUGGGUUACAAGGUAUUCCUGGAUCAAGAGGAAUAACUGGAUCCAAAGGUGAUAGAGGAUACCCAGGUGGCCGUGGUGCUAUGGGCCUGAAAGGAGAAUCUGGAUCACCAGGGAUGCGUGGACCAGCAGGACUGAAGGGUUCAAGAGGAUUUCCUGGUUUAAAGGGAUCUCAAGGAACUAACUUUGGGUAGGAGACGAAUUAAACUGGUCUACAGCAAUACGACGUUGGAAAGUACUUAUGUCUGACCGGAAUCUAUCAAACGGGCUUGGCUACACACGUGGACUGACGAACACACAUGUAUACAUCAGACACACGGGCACCAAAUCACAGACACACAGAGACACAGAGGUGACUACUUGUAUCUACAAAUGUACUAUCACUUUGGAUAAAAGCGUCUACUACUUUUCUUGAUUCAUGAACACCAGAUUAUCCUAAUAGCGUCUAUUGCUGUGAAAGAGCUCUGAGACAGUACAAACGUUGUCCUUUUAAAUAAACAGUUUUUAAAACACA